GCGCAAGCAUCCUACAUUGGCCAGGGCCACUGCCUAUAUUCGGACCAAUCAAAUAGCGCUGUUUCCGGAAAGGCGGGUCUAAGCGGCAGCUGGGUGGUUGGCAGCGUAUGUUUCCUUUGUGACGUGCCAACCAAGAUGGCGGUGGACGAGCUGACCGCGUUGGAGAAAUGUCUAGGGUUGAAGGCAGGGAAGUACAGCAGCCGUGCCCAGGGGAGCAGCCAGAUUCCUAUGCUUCAGACCAAUAAAGGUCCCAGCUUAGCCGGUCUUGCCACCAUUGCUUCCCAUCUAGUUGCACAAGCCAAGAAAGAGGAACUGUUGGGUGUUUCAUUGGAAGAGAAGGCAAUUGUGCAGCAAUGGCUCGAAUACCGAACAACACGCAUAGACAGAUUAUCCUCCAGGGAAGACAUCAGAACUACACUAAAGGAUCUAAAUUCCUAUUUGGAGGAUAAAGUGUACAUGGCAGGAAAUAAAAUCACUUUGGCUGAUAUCUUAAUCUAUUAUGGGUUGCAUCCGAUCAUAGCGGACCUUUCAAUCCAAGAAAAAGAGAGUUACAUCAAUGUGUCUCGGUGGUUUAGUCAUAUACAGCAUUAUCCUGGCAUUCGUCAGCACCUCCCAGCCUUGGUCUUUAUUAAGAACAGAAUCUAUACUAAUAUGCAUUAGCUGCGCAGCUACAGGCACAGAUGUGUGUGUUCUCUUCCUUUAUGUCCAUACUGCAUUUGCAUAUGACAGGUCUAAAAAGUAUUUGCAAAGCAUCUAGCAAGGCAACAUUUUCUUAUUUAUUUUAAGCAGUUAACCUUCUGGAAAGUCAACAGAAUGCAAAACAUAAUAUAUGCAAAUUAACAAUAGUUUACAUAAUACUUAAUCACUGUAUUAUGUUAAAUCUAGACUUUGUAACUUUUUUUUAUUGUUGCAUUUUGUUUGUUUUUAUAGAACACUGUGCCAAUAAAGGUGGCUACUGCUGACUUA